UUAUGUACAAAAUCUCCUCGUAAUGGAAUCAAAAGCCUCACGUGUGUUCAUGUUUUUGUUGACAAACUGACAGAGAGCUCGAGAGCAAAUAAUUGCUACGCUACCGGUACCAGUGAAAUGUGCCGUUAUACGAGGUCGUUAAGUUUCUUACUUGCCGUGUCGUCGAUAUUUUAAGUCCUGAAGUCUUCGGUUUGCAGGUCAGCUGGCUUCUACCGCACCUUUUGAUUUCAAACGCUGUUUAGACCAGAAACCAGCGAGAGAACGACUGAGUCGAGCCGGUUGCUGGGCGCCGCCAUCUUGAACUUGGGACAGGACAACCCGGGAAGUCGGUGAGGUUAUCACCUGGAUAACAAGCCCCUACAGGUGAAACGACAGGUGCUGUGGCGAGGGAUGUGGCAGGCCACCUGGCUGUACCUGUAUCUCACCUGGAUCAGACCCAUGAUCAAAUGGUUCCUCAGGAAGAUACUGGGCACCUGCGAGCUGCAGCGCAUCUGUCGAGGGUAUGGGGGCGCUGCUAGGACCAAGAGAGUUGAAAAAUCCCUGAAGCUGUCAAAGUAUAAGUUGCUCCAGGAAGCGACACACAGAGAUGUGGAUGACGUUGACCAGAGAGUUCAGGACAUCCUACAGAUUAAAGCUGUCAGUCAGGAGAAGGAUGCCCAAUUUGCGCCGUCCCUGCGGGCAUGUAUACUACAGAUCCACGGGUAUCAGGAGCUGAUACGGGAGGUGGAGGGGGUACGGGGGGAGGCGUACUCCUCAGAUAACCAGGAACAUGAGAACAUGCUGAUACAGCUGUGGGACCACCUGAUGCCUGGCACCAGUCUGGAGUCUCGCAUCACCAAACAGUGGGGUGACAUCGGUUUCCAAGGAGACGACCCCAGGACAGACUUCAGGGGCAUGGGUAUGCUUGGGCUGCAUAAUCUGUUUUUCUUUGCUGACCAGCAGACAGAGUUGGCAAGGCAGGUGCUCCAGCAUUCCCAUCAUCCUCAGUACGGUUAUUCCUUUGCGAUUGUUGGUAUAAACAUCACCAGCCUGACGUACUCCCUCCUGGUGAGGGGAAAACUGCGGACACACUUCUACAACUCCCCCAGCCCCGGCCCCCCCAAACUCAGCCACUUCCAUCUGGUCUACUGCCACCUGCUGGUGGAGUUUGACAAGUUCUGGUUCGCUGAGAAGCCGCGAGACGUGAUGGAGUUCACCAGGAUACGCAACAAGUUUGAGAAGAAACUUCUGUCUUUACUGAGGGACGACACCACGGUACUCCGCGGGAGCUUCAUGGAGGAAGGAGAGCAAUCGUAGUGAAGACAAAUGUGUAACUGUUUUUGUCAUGCCCUGAUGUUUACAACAGACAUGUCUGCAGUCAGGAAUUGUGAGUGGACCAAGAAUGUGGUGAACACAUUGAAGAAGCUAGAAAGGUCAAUUUUACAGAGCAAAGGUAUAAAUAAUGUUAACCUUCACAUUGGCUAGCCCGACAAACUAAAACUCUUCCUCAACUCGUAUAUAUGGUGACCAACUUCUCCAACUCUGUCCUGCCACUUGCGACAUAAAUGUAA